AUGAGUCGUACGCCAUUUCAUCCCAAGAGAGACAUCCUGAACCACCCUCACAAUCAUGCCGUGUGCCCUCCUCCCCUGAAGGUCCAUAAGGAUUCUCAUGCCAUCAAGAAGUCAUCGCCGCCUCCGCCGUCAUUGUUGUCGUCGUCCACCAAGCCUCAGCAGCGGCACCCGGUCAUCAUCUACACGCACUCUCCCAGAGUUAUCCACACUCAUCCUAGGGAUUUCAUGGCAUUGGUGCAAAAGCUCACCGGCCUUUCUCGAUCUGACAACGACGUCCCCACUGCAUUGGAUCCGCUGCAGCCGAAACAAGAGCCUGGGAUUCCUGCCGCGUCGACGUUAACGGUCGAUAAGGACGGCGGGGAUCUUAAGAAGGGUUCGGUGAACGAGGACAAUGAGACGUCGUCGGUAAUUACGGAAGAGAAUAACUGCAGUAGCAGCAUUGGGGACACGCAGGUGAAUUCUUGUUUCAUGCCAAAUCCACCGAUUCUGGAUCCCUCGUUGAACCCUUACAUGACGAGUCUGCCGGUGUUUACGUCGAAUUCCACGGAAUUUUUGUGCUCGAAUCAGCCGUUUUUGAACUAUGACCCAUUGUUCUUCUCUCAUAACAUGAGGAGCUCGAUGAAUACAUCCCCCGCCACUUUGGAGGGAAUGAAUGAUUUUCGUGAGUAUUAAUUAAUAAUUAAGGUCCUCUUUUUCUUUAUUUUCUCUUCUGCAAAUAAAAGUUUUCA